AUGACUAAACCGACCACAUUUGUCCAAGCAGUGGAGAUGGCGAAGGUGGCAGAGGAGAAYAACGCUAGGGAGAAUUGUGAUAGAAGAGAUGCAAAGAGAAGAUGGGAAGGAUCGAACAAGUUCAACAAGAAACCAAAAUGGACUCCGACUCUGGCAAAAACACGAAGCGAGGGAUUCACUAUUCCUCCAUGUAACAAAUGCAAYAAGAGACAUAGGGGAGAGUGCAGAGCGGGGAGCCUGACAUGCUACAAAUGUGACAAACCUGGGCAUACCGCGUGGGAGUGCCCAGAAGGAAAAACUUGUUAUGAAUGUAGGGCUACGGGACAUUUACGACCUGACUGUCCAAAAUAUCGAAAUGGUGCAACAUCCCACGUAAAGGCAGUGAAUAACGGAUUUGGGAAGAGAUCAGAAAAUAGGAAGGGGCUACCUAAGGGACACGGCUGA